UUAAAUUAAAUUAAAUUAAAUUAAAUUAAAAUUAAAUUAAAUUUAAACCUAACCUUAGUAUUCUUGUCUAUGGUGAAGUCGUGAAAUAGUUCUAUGUUCUCUGGAUGACGAUUACUAAUAAUUAUUUUUUCACGUAUUAAACUGCCAAAGCGUCAAGUUUCCUACUCCAAUCGAUUUUUUUAUGGACGUAUAUAGUUCUCGUUGAUUACGUCAAUUUUUUUAAAAUUCAUAUUUUGUUUUGUGUAAGUCCAGAGUUUCUAAAGAGUAAGGAUGUCAUGGAUACCUUUAGAAUCCAACCCUGCGGUAAGUAACACUUAUGUAUAUAUUAAAUUUGGAUUCGGGCCCGAUGAACUUGCCAUUGUUCCUAGACCAGUCGCUUCUGUAAUUUUGUUAUUUCCGUACAAUGAUGCUUAUGAAAAACGUAAGAAUGAAGAAGAGUUGAAAUUAAAAGAUAAAGGUCAACAAGUAUCAGAUGAUAUAUAUUUUGUCAAACAAUAUAUACACAAUGCUUGUGGAACCAUGGCUUUAAUUCAUAGUGUUGCUAAUAAUAGAGACAAAAUAAAACUGAAUGAUGGUAUAUUAAAACGUUUUUUGGACGAAGGAAAAAAUAUGUCUCCAAGUGACCGUGGUGAGAUGUUGACCAAAGCUGUAGAUAUGAUAAACACUCAUAAGGAAAUUGCUGUUGAAGGACAAACUGCGGCGCCCAAUCCAGAAGAUGUGCCACCUUAUCACUUUAUUGCAUUUGUUUGCAAAGAUGGAUGUUUAUAUGAAUUAGAUGGCGGAAAGUUUGAUCCUAUUAAUCAUGGACCAACRACUCCAGAUUCAUUGCUUGAAGAUACAGUUAAUUUAAUCCAAGAAAAAUUUGUUGUUCAAGAUCCUGAUAGUAUUUACUUUACCUUACUGGCAUUGUCAAAUGUAUGUGAUGCUUACUAAUAAUUGAAAAUUACAUCGUUUUUAUAAUUGCUUUGUGAUGAAUUUUUUAUUACAAUUUUUUCUUCAAGCUGAU